UUUUUUCCUCGUUCAUUUUGAUUACAAUUAUUUCAAUUCUAUUGUCAUUUAAAUGAAUUAACUUCCAAGUCUUAUUGAUUUAAGUGUUUGAUUUUUCUUGUUGUCUCUUAAUUUAAGUAUUUACCUUUUUAGUUUUAAUUGUUGAUACCCUAAAGGUUAAUUGUUGUUAAAAAUUAAGUUCUAAUUGUAUUAUAAACUAUAAACCUUGGCCGGAUUCGUUGAGAAGUCAUUGACAACUUGUUGCCGAUUAUUGUGAUUCUAAUCAAACUGAAUUAAGUAAUUUAAUAAAAAUAAAAUGUAUUUAUAUUAAUACUAAUCGCCAAGAUUAGUGAAAGGAGUUACUUAAAUGAUAAAUUAACUUGAUGAUUUACAAUUUAAUUUGAUUAACUUGGACAAGGAUUUUUGGGUUCCUUUAAAUCAACAUUUAUUUAAACAAACUUUCAUUUUCAUAAUCACUUUUAGUUAAUUUCAUCAACACUUAACAUUAAUUUGUGCCUUUCUCAUUGAAUAAUUGUUAUUUAAUUAUUUAAUUGUAAUUAAAUAACAAAAUUUAGUUGAUUAGAAUAGUUAAAUUUUUUCAUUCCAAUUGAUUGGGAUUCAAUUCACAAUUAAUCAGUAUGUUUUCAUCCAAAGGGAUUCAUCUUAUUAUUUUGAUAAUUAUCUCAACUCUGCUUAUUGUUGAUUGUCAGAGGGAAAAUCGAAGUCAGUCUCGUAGAUCUGAUCGUUUCAAGAAAUCGACAAACUCGACAUCAUCUACAGUCUCACCCACAACCUCAACCUCAACUUCAACUUCAACCACAACAACAACAACGACAAUUAAAUCAACUGAAGCAACAUCAACAUCUACAACAUCGCCACCAACAACAUCAACAACCACAGAGUCGUCUAAAUCAUCAACAAUCAAGAGUACAGAGAAUGUCGGUGAGAAGUUAAGUGAAAUUGAGUCGCUCGAUAGUGAACUAGCUUCAAUCAACAACAACGGAACCGGAAACAAAGGUUGGAACGCCAAACUUGGAUUCUGUCGGGAGAUCGUAAGUCAAUAUGGUAAUGAUAUUCGACGAGUUCUCCUGGUCGGUAACUUUGCCUUCCCUACAAGUCGAGAAUCAAUUGACGCUCAUUGCGCCCUCGGCGAUCGAGUCUACAAAGCUUUGCGAAAAUUUUCAACCAGUUGCUUGACUUCGUUGCCUCGACAAUUAUUUUCAAUCUUCUUACGGGGUCUUCGUAAAUUGAUAAAAAACGUUUGCCAUGCAAAUAAAGAGAAAGAGAGAGCCAUUGAGAUACUCAAAUGCACAACUGAAUCAAGUCUUCCCGGUUGGAAUCAUUGUCUUAAUGUUGCUAAUCGACAAUUUGAAUCGACAGCAAUUAACUCAACCGAUGCUCAAUUAUUCGGUGAUUUAUGUUGUAUGUACAAUCAAUUGGAAAACUGUGUUCGAGCAAAUCUUCAAAAGAGAUCAGAAUGUUCGAGUAAAUCGUUCGAAGUGUCCAAAUUUUUCCAGCAAAUGAUCGACGCUACUUUGAAGGACGUGAUGGACAUCGCUUGUACCAAAUACGCCACCGAAGGCGAAUGUAUCAAAAACAAUAACGACGGACUGACCAGAUUAAAAUCCGCCGCUGACGCUAAUUUUGAAGUUAACGACAUUUUCCUAAUUGGUCCACUUCUUAAAAUCUUCCCUCGAUUGGCCAAUGAUUAAGGAACUACGAUUAACUAAUUGCUACUACUUAACGAAUCUCAUUCAACUUUUUUUUUGUUUAAAUCGCACUUUUUUUUGUUGUCUCAUUCAUUUCGCUUUAAUCAAAUUAUGUUUAAUUUUGUAUCUUUCUAAUCAAUUUAACUCUGUUAAUAAUCAAAUAAAAUGAAAUUAAGGUUAAAUGAACCAAUU